CGCCGUGUGAACAAUCUUAAACUUCUCACUAGUUUCUCAAUUCGGUUCUUACACGGCGAUUUUGUCAAACUUCAUUGUUCAAGUCAAACGGUACUAUAUAGGAAAAAAUGGAAGGAUGGAGACAAACCUCAAUGGAGCUUCGGAUUCAACCAUUGACAAAAGUGUCGUGAAGUGUGUGGCCAAGCGACGACUACUCUGAUUUCUUCAAUGUCCGAUCGGAAAAACUCAGGUUUUAAAUUUCGUUGAUUGUCUCAGAUGACGGGUUCGAUUUUCUCUCUCCAUUUCCGAAAAACCCAGAUGCCUUCGCCCAAGAAAUCAUUCUCAUCGUCUGCGAAUUCAUCUUCAACUUCUCCUGAGUCUCCUCUCUCGGAAAGUGUAAAGGAUAGUAGUUUCUUAAAGAAUGGUAGAGGGUCGAAAGGAUUGAGGGGGUUGAACAGGAAGCUUACGAGACAGAGGAAGCUAAGGCAUGUAAGUGAUGCUGAGCUUGGUUUGAGGGUGAAUCAUGAUCGAUCACAGUCAUUGCCGGUGUCGCCGGACUCCGGAGUACGGUCGCCGAGGAACGUGGGUCAUUGGUCGUCCUGGGCGGUGCCGCAACCGUUGCCGCUCCCGGAGUUGAAUCGGUCAUCGGGGUUGGGUUUUAAUUUGCCAUCGCCGACAGCAGGGCCGUGCAGAGAGGAGAGAGAUGGAAGGGAUGGGACAACAGAUGGGAUAUCAUCAAGCUUUGCUACUAAGAGCUCUUGCUCUCAUCAAAUUAAUCAGAAGGCCGCAGAUCAUGUGGGCACCCGAUCUGCAAAAUCUCCGACUUAUCGCCGUAGGGGGUUCCCUCAAGACUUAAACGAUGGAAGUGGUAACCACGACUUCAGGUUGAAUGUCCCUGCAAGGAGUGCUCCAACAAGUAGUUUCUCAAGUCCUGCCCUUAGCCCCAAAAGAUUUAGCACGGUGGACCUUUUUCAGUCUUCAUUCAUGGUUCCUCAAGAAUUUCAGGUGUCCCAAGCAGCAUCACCGGCAAGAAUUAUACCCAGUCCUGAUCACUCUCCACUUCAUAGCCCAACAUUACUGAGCCCACACCGCAAUAAUAGAAGUUCUACUGGUGUUGCACUGCAUUCAUAUCACAAAUCUCUCCCAGAAAGUUCCACAGCAUGGCUUGAAGUUAAUAAUGCCAGCGUACAUCCAUUACCCCUUCCACCGGGUGUUUCAAGGCCAUCACAAUCUCCUAACAUUCGUCACAAUAUGGAUAAAUCAGAUGUAUCAUCAAUGAAAGGUCAAUGGAAACGAGGAAAACUCAUAGGACGCGGUACAUUUGGUAGUGUUUAUGAAGCGACCAACUGUGAAACUGGAGCUUUGUGUGCAAUGAAAGAAGUUGAUGUUAUUAUUGAUGACACUAAGUCCACUGAAUGUAUAAAGCAGUUGGAGCAGGAAAUUAAACUUCUUCAGCACUUAAAGCAUCCAAAUAUUGUGCAGUAUUAUGGCAGUGAAAUAAUUGGCGAUCACUUUUGCAUAUAUAUUGAGUAUGUUCAUCCUGGAUCAAUCAAUAAAUAUGUACAGGAACAUUGUGGGGCUGUGACAGAAUCUGUAGUCCGCAAUUUCACCCGCCAUAUUCUGUCAGGGUUGGCUUAUUUGCACAGCAGGAAGACAGUCCACAGGGACAUUAAAGGGGCCAAUUUACUAGUCGAUGCAGCCGGCGUUGUCAAGCUUGCUGACUUCGGGUUGGCAAAACAUCUCAACGGAUAUGCAAUUGAUCUUUCUUUGAAGGGCAGUCCACGCUGGAUGGCUCCAGAGGUUCUGCAGGCUGUGAUGCGAAAAGAUGCCAAUCCAGAGCUUGCAUUUGCUAUUGACAUAUGGAGCUUGGGUUGUACUGUUAUUGAAAUGCUGACAGGAAAACCUCCUUGGAGUGAAUUCAAUGAGGUGCAAGCUAUGUUCAAUGUUUUGAAUAGGUGUCCACCUAUACCAGAAUCAUUAUCUUCAGAAGGAAAGGAUUUCCUCCAACGCUGCUUUCGUAGAAAUCCUGCAGAUCGGCCGUCAGCUGCUGUGCUACUUGAGCAUCCUUUCUUAAAGAACUCACAUGAUCCAAAUGUCUCAGCUUGCACAGAAGAAUUUUUGGGAAUAAGAUUAUCUGAUACACCGCACAGUCCAAGAGGCUGGAAAAAGGAUUUGAAGCCACUUUCACCAGGAACAUGGAUUAGUGAAACUUGUACUCAAUCUUAUCCUGAAACUUCGGACUCUGGAGCUGCCCCUCGUCACUCUCCUCGUUCUAUACUAGAAGUCCUUCCUUGUAUAUCUUCACCAGAGCUCAACUGCAUUUCACAUAAUGUCAGCACUGCAAUUUUUUUCCAACAGUCUACACAUCGGAGCUGACAACAACCAUCCUUAUGUUUUUUUGAGGAUUCAUGGAAGGGAAAUCCCACACCUCUAAACGUGCUUUAGCCUUAGACGUAGAUGGAUAAGGAAGCAGAAUUCAUUCUCCUGUAUGUACAGCCAAGAAGAAACUAGCUAUCCUGCUCAGAAUUUGAAUCGAUAUUGAAGAUUUAUCAAGUUGCCGUGCUUGAGGGUCAAUGCUAUUUAAAAAUUUAAGCCUCAGGAUUCCGAUUUUCUUCUCCUAUAAUGCUGAUGCUGCUUUAGGAGUCUCUGGUGGCUUUUUCUAUGGCAGGCAAAUGAAUUCAAGUGGUACAGGGGAUAGAGAUCGCCUCCUGUAUUCUUCUUCUUAAUGUUUGUGGUCUACUAAGAGAAAAAGUGGAGAUAAAGUAUACUAGAAGGAAUCUGAAUUAGUUCAACAAUUUUAGCAAUGACAUGUUCAUACUUGCAGCUUACUCCAGGAGAUGAUUUUACACUCAAAAGGAAACGAUGAAAAUGAAGAAAUGAAGACAUAUAAUCUCACUCAACUCUAGGGGUGAGAUACAAAUUUAUAGAAUUAUUGCUGCAGAUGUAAAUAUUAUGAUUCUUCUUCUGUCUUGCUGGAAAUAAUUUCUGACAGCAAUUUUGAUUUAAUGGACUUUACCUGUAGAUGAUGUACAUAUAGUUUGUUUCACUAUAUUAGAACACAGAUGUUAGUUCUUAUGUAUUUACCGUAAACGGAUAUAACUUACCACUAGAACACCGGUUCG